CCCAGCUGCCAUAGCUAUGUCUCUGCAACAGACCCCUCCGUCGCGGGUGUUCGUGGAACUGGUUCCCUGGGCUGACCGGGGCCGGGAGAACAAUCUGGUUUCGGGCACAGAGACACUACCUGGUCUCCGUCGCCAUCUGUCCUCAGCACAGACCCAAACUGCAACCCGCGAGGUACACGUAAGCGGCACCGCAGAGUUGUCUGCUGGCCCGAACAGGGCGCAGGUGACAGUGCGAGUGAGCAGCACUAAGGAGGCAGCGGCAGAAGCCAAAAAGAGCGUUUGCCGCCGUCUAGACUACAUCACGCAGAGCCUCCAGCAGCAAGGUCUGCAGGCAGAAAAUGUGACUGUGACAAAGGAUUUUAGAAGAGUGGAAAAUGCUUAUCAUAUGGAAGCAGAGGUCUGCAUUACAUUUACUGAAUUUGGAAAAAUGCAAAAUAUUUGUAACUUUCUUGUUGAAAAGCUAGAUAGCUCUGUUGUCAUCAGCCCACCCCAGUUCUAUCAUACUCCAGGUUCUGUUGAGACUCUUCGACGGCAGGCCUGCCUUGCUGCUGUUGAGAAUGCAUGCCGCAAAGCUCAAGAAGUCUGUAACCUUGUCGGCCAAACCCUAGGAAAACCUUUACUAAUCAAAGAAGAAGAAACAAAGGAAUGGGAAGGCCAAAUAGAUGAUCACCAGUCAUCCAAACUCUCGAGUUCAUUAACUGUACAACAAAAAAUCAAAAGUGCAACAAUACAUGCUGCUUCAAAAGUAUUUAUAACUUUCGAAGUAAAGGGGAAAGAGAAAAAAAAAAAGCAUCUUUGAAAUUCCAACCAAAAUAUAUUGUAUUUGCAUCUUUUUAUCUAUUUUUAUACUUUUAUAAUGUUUGCUUUUGUCCUGAA